AUGUGGGGUGAAAAAACCUUUUUUAAACUGCUAUUUUUGAGCUUGGUAUUUUCCAUCACCAAUGCUCAAAUAGAAACAUUACUAGAAGGUUUUGGAUAUUUGUAUUCAGCUUACGAUUUCCUCUCAAAAAAAUUUGAGAAUACUGAAUUGAAACCGACAGCCGAAGAUCUUCAUUAUCAGUCAUUAAGGAACGAUAUAAGAGAUUUAAAAAUAAACUUGAAGGAAAUUGAACAUCAUAUCCCGAGAGAGGUUGACAUGCAUCGUCGUUUGAACUCAUUGAGAUUGACAUUUAGUAACAUUGACAGGCGUUACGAUGAGUACAUCAAGUACAAUCAGAACAUAUCUCGCUAUCAACCCGAAACUAUAUUGAAUUAUGCUGAAGAGACGAAAAAUUUACUCGAUAUGUUACGUCAAAUGCACAAUGAUGUUAUUGCCUUGGAUAAAAACAGUCUUGUUGCCCUCGUAGAGAAAUAUAUCGACAAUUUGGACCCUUAUUGUGGAAGAACUGAAACACGACAGAGAUAUCUUUACAAUUUUUUUCGUACUUACUUGUCAUAUGAGACCAAAGGCAUAGUAAUCUUGAAACAUGCUUAUAAACUUAAAUACCAGAACAUCACAGAUGCCAAAAACUUGCAGGAAAACAAAGAUUGGAAAAAGUCUGUGCGCAGAAUGAUUAAGAAUACAAUGAAAACUUUCAAAAUCAUGAUGUCUCGUGCCGAACGAGAGUUAUGGAAGUGUGAUCCAAAAACACCCGUUGAAAACCAAACAUUUGUUGAGCUCAAGCUUUUUCAAAGAGUAUUAUACAAAGGCUGGGACUUUCAAAAUUUUGGGAUUUUUAAUCCUCCUCGAAGAGAUUUCUGUCCAGAACCGCUAAAAAAUGAAGGCGCAGAACCCAUAUGCAAAUUAGUAACUUGCUCAAGUAAACAGCGCCGUUGUACCAAUGUAGUGGGUUGCAAGGCGCUUGAAUUUAUGAAGCCCAUCUCCGCAUGUAUUUUGAAAGAUCAAAGCCAACGUCGCAGAUAUAGUUCUGUCAAUGAAACAUACAAAUAUUUGAGUAAACUCUCUUUCGUAGACCAGAUUUUUGUGCCAUCUUAUUGCAAUGAGAAUUCUGACAGAUAUUUAUUCAAAUCUUCUGUGAAUACAAUGACUCCAGAUGUUGUAUCUACUUUAGCUUGUGACUGUUUUUAUAGAAGAUUUUUAAUCAUUUUAAAUAUUGACGGUGACAGUGUUGUCACUGGCGUAAAAUUUGUUCUAGUAAAUCAUACUCUUCACAUUCAGAUUCAACAGGGAAAACUGAAGCCGUAUGGAUCGAUAGGGAAUAAAUCUGUUAAAUGGAAGGAUAUUGAACCUUUUUCAAAUUAUAAACUUAAAAUUCCCACUUUUUCUCGUAAUCUGAACAAUGUAUACGAUACUAGUGAAUUUUAUGAUACGAUAAAUACAGUAAAACUUGACUGGUAUGAAAAACGUGGAUUGUACCUGGACGAUAUGGACUUGAAUAAAAACGAAGUCGUUGUUGGUGUGAAGUUUGACUUAAUUUAUGAAAAAAGUGAUUACAUUUACGUAAAUCUAGACAUAAUGGCAAUGGAAUUCAAUUACACUACUGGAAAAUUAAACCCCGAUAAGAACUACUGGUGGUUCUCAAAGAAAUAUUCAUUUAACAGAACCGAACUGAAACUGGAAGAGUACGACACACCAACUUCGUUCGAUGAUGUGGAAAAUAAGCCAGAUGGUGUACCACAUAAAUAUGUGAAAUUCACCCCUUCGGCAUAUUCAUCCAAGGACGCGGGACAAUCCACUUUGCCGUUCAUUGACAUCCAGCCAGUCGUUUCGGAUCGACCUGUACCCCUUUCAGGCAUCAGCAUGGAUAUCAAGAGAGCCGAUAAAAGUGGAGGAUACCUUAUAUUGAAAACAAAAUCAUACGAUGUGAUGUGGGAAUUCAAUAAUACAACUAGUGAAGUAGAGUUUUAG